AUGAGCAAUAAUCGUCUUCGUUGUGUACAUCAACAACAACAACAACAAUCGACACAACAACAAUCGCAACAACAACAACAACAACAGGAUCAAUCAUCAUCAUCAUAUAAUAAUGAAAUUAAAACACAAUUAAUAACACGUGAAGGUUUAUAUCGUUUAAUACAACCAUCCGAUUAUGGACGGCCAAAACCAUCACCAUAUUUUCAUCAUAAUCAUAAUCAUCAACAACAACAACAACAAUCAUCAUCAUCAAAUAAUUCUAAUAAUGGUCCAAAUGGACAAAGUUCAAAUAUACCAUUAGUACGGAUAUCAUUUACAAAAUUUCGAACAUUAUUGAAUCAAGAUUCGAAUAAUUCGAUUGAACAUUUAAUAUCACCAACAACAAAUGGUACGGUUAUCGGUGAUCACGAUGUUGAUCAUGAUGGAACCGAUUUAGACAUGGAUAAUUCAAAGAUCAAUGAUCAUCACCAUCAAAGAAUUUUUCCGGAUAGUCAUCAUAUUCAUCAUCAUCAUCAUAACCAUUAUCAACAUCAAAUACAGGAAAGAAUUUGUUUCAAUAGUGAACGUGAAUUGUUUGUUUUUGGUUUUCAGCCACCUGAACCAGCCGAAUUAAUUGAUCGUAAAACAUACAAGGCAACAUCACCAACAUGUCAUGAUUUUUGUACAUAUAUUGAACCACCAAUAUCAUUAUUAUUGAUUGGUUUUUCAUUAGGCCAAAUACAGAUGAUUGAUUUUUAUCGUACAGAAAUUAGUAAAUUUUAUAAUCAAGAGAGAUUAAUUGAUAAAUCAAAAGUAACCUGUAUACGAUGGUUACCUCGAUCGAAAACAAAUUUUCUUGUAUCAUAUAGUUCGGGUCAGAUGUAUGUUUAUAAAAAAGAUUUACCUUGUUUUCAAACCGCACCAAAUUAUCAACAAUAUAAAUGUGGUGAUGGUUUUCAAAUAUUUACCUGUAAAACCCGGCAACCACGUAAUCCAAUAUUUCGUUGGUCAAUUGGUUCUAAUCAAUCGGCUAUAAAUGAAUUUUCAUUUUCACCAUGUGGAAAAUAUUUGGCUAUCGUUUCGCAAGAUGGUUUUUUACGUGUAUUUUAUUAUGAUCAAAUGGAUCUUAUCGGUAGGAUGAGAUCAUAUUUUGGUGGCCUAUUGUGUGUUGGUUGGAGUCCUGAUUCAAAAUUUAUUGUUACCGGUGGUGAAGAUGAUCUAAUUACAGUAUGGUCAUUACAAGAUAAACGUGUUAUAGCCCGAGGACAGGGACAUAAAUCAUGGAUAAAUUCUGUACGUUUUGAUCCAUUUAUGACUGAUGCAAAAAAUUCAAAUUAUCAUAAUGAUGAUGAUGAUGAUGAUGAAGAAAAUGGUGAAGAUUAUGUCAAUGAUAAUGAUAAUGGUGAUGGUAAUGAUCAACAAUUUAAAAGAAAAGAUUUAAAUGAAAUUCAUCCACGUCAUCAUAGUGUUAUACAAUCAUCAACAGCGACGACAAAAUCUACGAAUGAUACAGCCGAAUUACGUUUAUUUACAAAUUAUCGUAUUGGUUCAGUUGGCCAGGAUACACAAAUAUGUUUAUGGGAUCUGACUGAUGAUAUUAUUAGACAAUCAACAGUAAUAAAAUCACGAUCACGUUCAACAAUAAGUACAUCGGGUAUUGUUGGACAUCCACCACCACCACCACCAUCAUCAUCAACAUUAUUAUCAUCAUCAUCAUCAUUAUCAACAACAGCAACAACAACACCGCAGACAACUAUAUCGACAACGACGACAUCGACAACAUCAAAUUCAUCAUCAUCAAUGAAUGAUCAUUCAAGUGGUGGUACACCAUUAAAUCAUCAAAAUCAUCACCAUCAUCAUAAUCAUCAUUAUCAUCAUAAUAAUGAUACAAACAAUAUUGAUUCAAAUUGUGAUCCAUCACGUUUAUUAGGUACUAUUAUUUGUCCACGUUUAAAAGAAGUACCAAUGUUAGAGCCACAUGUUUGUAAAAAAAUUUCCAAUGAACGUCUUACAUCAUUAGUAUUUCGUAAAGAUUCAAUUGUAAUUGCUAAUCAUGAUGGUAAAAUUUUGAUAUUUUCGCGGCCAACUAAAUCGAAUAAUACGAAUCCGAAAAUAUCAAGUCCAAAUGCAUCGAUGGCCAGUGAUGUUAAUGAAAUACCGAUUGUUCCAGGUGAUGAUUGAAUAUAGGCAAUAAUUUUUCUUUUCUUAAAUCGAUUGAAUGGAUGGAUGGAUGGUGAAAACCAAUCACACUAGUCAACCAAGGGCCCCGAAGAUUAUCAAAAUGAAUAAUGGUUUAUUUUCUUUUUACUUUUGUUUCGUUUGUUUCAUUUGAUUUAUUUUUCCAUCUUCAGUG